CUCACACACACACACACAUUCUCUCCUCAACAUGGCUUGCAAGGUGUUACUGUUGGCCACUCUUGUAGUGUUGACAGUGGCCAGGCCAGAACCUCCUCCACCUCCAGGUUAUGGCGCCCCGGCACCCGUCUUCAUCUCAUCCGGCCCUGAGGCUCCUCCUCGGUACGACUUCAACUAUGCAGUGAAGGACGAGUACGCUGGCAACGACUUUGGUCACCAAGAAUCUCGUGACGGCUACGACACCAAGGGUAGUUAUUACGUCCAGCUUCCCGACGGUCGUCUACAGACUGUCACUUACUACGUCAACGGAGACUCUGGUUUCGUAGCCCAAGUUGAAUACCAGGGAGAGGCUCAGUACCCAGCCUACCAGCCAGUCCAGGCCUACAAGCCGGCCCCUGCGCCCACAUACACACCCGCUCCCGUCUAUAGUUAACCCAACGAACUUUAUAUGUUACAUGUUACUGUAUUGUAUGAAUUUUAAUGUUGCAUUGAUGUUAUA